AUGGCUCCCCAAGUCUUCGCCGUCCCCGUCUUCCUCGUCGUCUUCCGUGAGACCCUCGAGACCGUCAUCAUUGUCUCCGUGCUCCUCGCGUGGCUCAAACAGACCCUCGACGGCCCUGAGCGAGAUGUCAAGGUCUACAAGAAGCUCCGGCGCCAGGUCUGGGCAGGAACCGGCCUCGGCUUCUUCAUCUGCCUGGUAGUAGCAGCCGCCGUCAUUGGAACCUUCUACACCGUCGGCGUCAACAACUGGGAAACCAGCGAGCUUUACUAUGAGGGCGCCUUCGCAUUGUUCGCAGCCAUCAUCAUCACCCUCGUCGGCGCAGCCCUCCUGCGCAUCUCCAAGAUGCAGGAGAAGUGGCGCGUCAAGCUGGCCGCCGCCCUCGAGGGGCCCGUGGUCAAGACGGGCACCCGCUUCGGAUGGCUCAAGAACUUCUCCGAGAAGUACGCCUUGUUCAUCCUCCCUUUCAUCACCGUCCUGCGCGAGGGCAUCGAGGCCAUCAUCUUCGUGGCUGGUGUGUCGUUCUCUGCGCCGGCCACUGCCUUCCCGUUGCCUGCUGUUGUUGGGCUGCUGGUAGGUAUUCUUGUAGGGUAUAUUCUGUACAAGUCCGGAUCUUCGGCCAAGAUGCAACUCUUUCUCGUAGUCUCGACCUGCUUGCUAUACCUUGUCGCAGCUGGCCUGUUCUCCCGAGCUGUCGGUUACUUUGAACAACAGAAGAACAACAUUGUCGGAGGUGAUGCAGCUGAACUCGGAGUCGGCCCUGGCUCUUACGACGUCGACAAGGCCGUAUGGCAUGUUAACUGCUGUAGCCCUGAGUUCAACGGCGGAGGAGGCUGGGGUAUCUUCAACGCCAUCCUGGGCUGGAACAACACCGGCACAUACGGCUCCGUCGUCGCGUACAACGUCUACUGGAUCUUCGUCAUCGCCAGCUUCAUUGUGAUGAGGUUCAAAGAGGUCAAGGGCCACUGGCCCUUCAUGAAGCCAAAGCAUGUUUCCUCGGAGACGAGCAGUGAGUCUGGCGUCAAUGGAGGAGCGGCCAAUGGCCAGGGAGGCAAGAGAGCCGAGACCGAGGAGAAGUCUGUCGCAGCGUCAUAG